AUGGCUUUGGCCCAGAACGUAGUGCCAACCGGAUCUGCUGCUAAGAAUGAUGGCGCAAACCUUGAGCAGUCUGUCUCGCCUAUGUCUCCACCCGUCACCGCCGCUUCGACACCCCGACCGCUUGAUUACGAUCGCCUCGUGGCUGAUAUUCCAUUCCUUCCAAAACCGCUUGCCAAGAUAGUGACCAUUAUAGUUCGAGGCACAGAGAGCAUGCGUCCUUCCAGCAGUGACAUGCUCGGUAUGGAGGGCGGCGUACGCUGGUGGAAAGUCCUGGAACCGGGUCGUGGGGUAUUAUACUACGAGUGCGCUCAAAUGUGUUUCAUGUGGCCACCCUACUACAGCGCAGCACCCGAAACCGUCAAGGAGAUGCUUGACUUCAUCCGUGCCGCCGAUGAGAACGACGAUGCUCUCCAAGCGGCUGUGAGGAAAUACUCUCUCUUCGAGACCUACCAGAAGGAACGAGAUGAGCGAGCCCUUGCAAGAAACCGUAAAGAUUGGGUCGCUGCGCCAAUACAAGCAGAGGCUGCUCCUCUGAAGCGCAGGUACAACGAUCGAGAAGAUCUGAAUGACCAGUCGAGCCACUCGCAGACCGACUCGCCUCCUCGUCGCGUCUCCCGCGUAAAGCGUCGGCGGCGCAUUGUAGAAUCUGACGAGAGCUCAUCAGAGGCGACCGACCCACAGCCACAAGCCAAACCGAAGUCCGUGAAGAAGGCCCCAAAGCAGAGGAUGCCCGGAGAGCUCAUACCGGGCAAGAAGUAUUACCACUGGCCUCCAGCUCGCCUUCGUGUCUUCCGCGACAUCAAAGGCCUCGCUGAUAAGGAUCUACCAGUCUCUGCACUUGGAGGCCCCCAACAUGAGCUCGAGAGCAUAUGUACAUCAAGCGCAGUUGACCUUCGGCUAUGCAAUGUAGACAUGAGUGUUGAAGAGAUACUGACAUACUGGACACGAAGCCUUAGCGGCGAGAAGACCGUCAUGCGCGCUACUAUUCAGAAAGAGUUCAGGGAGGUCAGGACUUGGGCCGUGAAGAAGCUGGGAGAACAGAAGCUGGCACAAAAGGAUGUUGAGGGCACGAAGGCGGUUUUCAAAGGCAGCACGGUGGAAGGACCGAAGACUAUGGCUAACAUGGCUAAAAUGAAUCUGGACAGCGGCAAUACUGGCUGCGACAAGGGCGAACCGUUCGAUUACUACGUUCACGACCUCGCAGAGGGUGUUCAAGACGACCAUCACCCGACUGGAAAGGGUGCACAGCUUCUGACCCGUGUCAUAGAACAUGUCAGGGAAGUUGGAGACCAUGACCUCCUCCUCAGUGGUGUGGUUGAGUAUGCCCAACAACACGACAUCGUUGUGCCAGUGAGUGACCAACUCACGGGAGGAGUGGAUGUCGAGGAUAAAGCCGCCAGAAACCGACACAAGAAAACAGUGGCUGAUUCCUAUGUUGCAAAAUUUGGUCAUCACCCCCGAUGA